AAAGAAUCCAUCGUCUCCCGCGAGAUGACCCACCGCUACAUGACCGACAUGAUCACCUAUGCUGACACCGACAUCGUCGUCGUCGGUUGUGCCGGAUCCGCCGGCCUUUCCUACGCCUACGAGCUCUUCAAGAACACUGACAUCAACGACGCCAUCAUCGAGCAAUUCGUCUCCCGCUCCGCCAUGGUCGUCCGCUAGCCCGCCCACCUCUUCCUCGACGAGCUCGAGGUCCCCUACGACGAGCAGGAGGAUUACGCCGUCAUCAAGCACGCCACCCUCUUCACCUCCAACAUCAUUAGCAAGCUGCUGAUGCGGCCCAACGUGAAGUUGUUCAACGUGGUGGCGGCGGAGGAUUUGAUAAUUAAGAACGGGGGGUCGAGGGAGGGGGGAGUCAUGACGAACUGGGCGUUGAUGUCGAUGAACCACGACACCCAGUCAUGUAUGGAUUCGAACGUGAUUGAGGCCAAGGUCGUAGUGAGCUCUUGUGGGCAUGCCCCUUUUAGGGGCACUGGGGUUAAGAGGCUGAGGAGCGUUGGGAUGAUCGACACCGUGUUCAGGAUGAAGGCGCUUGAUAUGUUAAGGUUACGGGUUGGCUAUUAA